GGAAGAUGACAGGCAGUCGCAAUAGCGAAAUAGAUCCGGAAGUGACGGUACACGGCGAGGGUGGAAAGCAUACGGUUCAUUGGUUUCGCAAAGGUCUCAGACUUCACGACAACCCUUCGUUGAGGGAGGGUCUUGCCGGUGCCUCCACCUUUCGGUGCGUCUUCGUUUUGGACCCAUGGUUCGCCGGCAGUACCAACGUUGGCAUUAAUAAAUGGAGGUUUUUGCUGCAAUGCUUGGAGGAUCUCGAUUGCUCGCUGAGAAAAUUGAAUUCUAGACUGUUCGUGAUACGAGGACAACCAGCUGAUGCUCUGCCGAAAUUGUUCAAGGAAUGGGGCACGACGAACUUGACCUUCGAGGAGGAUCCAGAACCAUACGGACGUGUUCGGGAUCAUAAUAUAUCGGCACUAUGCAAGGAACUCGGUAUCUCGGUGGUCCAAAGGGUAUCGCAUACUCUCUACAAGUUGGACGAGAUCAUCGAGAAGAACGGAGGAAAGCCGCCGUUGACGUACCAUCAGUUUCAAAAUGUUGUCGCCAGUAUGGAUUCACCUGAACCGCCAGUACCGACGGUCACUUCCGUCUGCGUAGGCUCCGCCUAUACUCCACUGAAGGAGGAUCACGACGAUCAUUACGGUGUUCCGACCCUCGAAGAACUUGGAUUCGACACGGAAGGAUUGUUACCACCUGUAUGGGUCGGGGGUGAGAGCGAAGCGUUGGCGCGUCUGGAACGUCAUCUGGAGAGGAAGGCUUGGGUGGCUAGUUUUGGAAGACCGAAAAUGACCCCGCAAUCUUUAUUACCCAGUCAAACGGGUCUUUCGCCUUACUUACGAUUCGGUUGUCUCAGCACCAGACUUUUUUACUAUCAGCUCACCGACUUGUAUAAAAAGAUUAAGAAAGCUGUACCACCGCUUUCGUUACACGGUCAGCUUUUGUGGCGAGAAUUCUUCUACUGCGCCGCCACGAAGAAUCCAAACUUCGAUCGGAUGCAAGGAAAUCCGAUUUGCGUUCAGAUACCCUGGGACAAGAACGUUGAAGCCCUUGCCAAAUGGGCGAACGGUCAAACAGGUUUUCCAUGGAUCGAUGCGAUCAUGACUCAGCUGAGGGAAGAAGGUUGGAUCCAUCACUUGGCUAGACAUGCUGUCGCUUGUUUCCUGACCAGAGGUGACCUUUGGAUCUCCUGGGAAGAAGGAAUGAAGGUAUUCGACGAACUUUUGCUGGACGCUGAUUGGUCGGUCAAUGCAGGAAUGUGGAUGUGGUUAUCGUGCAGCUCGUUUUUUCAACAAUUCUUCCAUUGUUAUUGUCCGGUAAGGUUUGGCAGGAAAGCCGAUCCAAACGGCGAUUACAUCAGGCGAUACCUGCCAGUCUUGAAAAAUUUUCCCACGAGAUACAUUCAUGAACCAUGGAACGCACCGCUCAGCGUCCAACGAACGGCGAAAUGUAUUAUCGGUAAGGAUUACUCGUUACCGAUGGUAAAUCAUAGCAAGAGCUCGAGGAUCAACAUCGAGAGAAUGAAGCAAGUCUAUCAGCAGUUGAACAAGUAUCGGGGGAAUGGAGCUUCCAUCAAGGGGGAGACAGUUGCUUUUGCGCUAGGUUUAUUGAACACGUUGCCACCGCCAGCGAUGAAGGAGAACGAGGAAGAAAAGAAAAAACAGGUGCAGUCUCCUCCACCUGCUGAGAAUCAACUGAAAAUGGAAACUCUUGCCAAUACGACGCAACAGCAUCACCAUCAACAUCAAUAGCGGCAACUACGACCACGUUGUGCCGAUGAUCACGCGAUAAACUGGAGAGACAAUUGGUUUUAUUUAUCGUUAUUUAUUUUUUCUUCUCCUCUUUACGAAACCGCUACGGAUUAUCACGCGGAUAGAGACUUUCUGUGUUGUUACUGGUUACAAUCAUCUUGCAAUUUCUACGAUGAACUUUGGAUAUUUUCGCAUAAGCACGUGUCGUAGCAAGAGACUUGUGUCAGCUACGAGACGAAAGAGUAAAAACGAUGGGAAUUUUAUAUUCUUAUUGCUGUACAUAAUACAUGUGCAUCAUAAAGAGAUUUUUCUGACCACUAUCGUCUCCGCUCCCUAAUGAUUUAUCGUGUGAAUAUACUCACCUCAAUAACAGUUUCCCUGUUUUAUCGACCAUUAAAUUAGCUAAAAGCCUCGUCGAAAAUAAA